AUGUCAACUGCCGCUCAAGAAGAGUUUAACGACCUAGUCGCCAAGAACACAUACCGCGAAACCCUCCACCCUGAGGACCGUGACGACCCCGAUCUCAAGAACCAACUAGAUCUUUCCGAAGAAGACGUUUUCCGUAACGCCCAGAUCGAUAACGCAAUGCGCAUGCCUACUGUCGAUCGCCUCACCGGCGCUGGCGCCUCUGAGAUCAAGCUCCCUCCUGUCUCUUUCGACAGCGGCCGCGCUACUGGCGUCAAGGGAGUCAUUGCCGAUGCGCGAAACUACGAGGCUGCCCGCAAGAGCAAGUGGCGACACCGAGUCCGCACUGCCCGCAACAGCAUCUUUGGCAUUGAAGCUCCCACUCCCGUCAAGAGCGACACCGAGAGCAGCGAUGACGAUGCGAAGAGCGCAAGUGAUGCCGACGAGGAGGCCUUCCUUGCCGAGUGGCGCGAGAGCCGACGACGUGAGCUUGAGAGCGAGGCCAGCCGAUCUGUCAGAAAUCGACGAACAAGUCCCAGUGUACGCAUCUACGGCCGAUUGGAUGAGGUCGAUGCCCUCGGAUACCUCGACGCCAUUGAGAAGGUCGGAAGGGAAACCACUGUUGUCGUGUUUGUGUAUGAUCAUGAGUGUGAGGUCUCUGCUACUAUCGAGUCAGCACUCAUGCCUAUUGUCAAGACUAACCCUGAGGUGCACUUCGUCAAGGUCCACUACGAAGAGAUCGAAUUUGAUAAUGCUGCCGUGCCCGCUAUGCUCGGAUACCGAAACCAAGGUGACCUGUUCGCCAACUUGACAGGCCUAAUCGAGAUGAUUCCUGACGAUGAGACCUUUGGCACUUCAUCAUUAAAGCAACUACUACAAAGACACACUAUUUUAUAA